UCUCCUCGAGGCAUCGACGUCGCCGCCGACCGCUGCCAUCAUGGCUCAGUUCUUGACUACCGUGUUAGUCCACUCCCCUCAGACUCCGAAUCCCAUCAUCCCCCGUCAUCGUAUCGCCAUGUCGUUGUUCCGAUACCUCAGCCCCAAGUCCUUGUCGACUAUGACCCAGAUGGAGACGACCAUCAUCCCUGUCUCCCUCUCCAUAGAAACGCUGCCUUACGUCGACGAGAAAGUAGCUGACCUGGACAUUGUGUCCGAUAGUAACCAGCGGACGAGGAACCAGUUUCGCCCGCGCGUGGGCAAGGGCGGCGCGGCCAGUUACCAACUGCGACAGUAUGCCGAGGUGACGCUCGGUGGCGGGAGCCUGCGCAAGGUCGUCAAGCUGCCCGAGGGCGAGGAUGAGAAUGAGUGGCUGGCUGUCAACAGUGACAUAGUGGUGGACUUUUACAACCAAAUCAACCUCCUCUACGGCGCAAUCACCGAGUUCUGCUCGCCGCAAACGUGCCCUGAGAUGAAGGCGACUGAUGAGUUCGAGUACCUCUGGCAGGACAGCGAAAACUACAAACGUCCAACCAAGAUGCCGGCCCCGGCAUACAUCGAACAACUCAUGGCAUGGGUUCAGGCCAACAUUGACAACGAACAAGUCUUGCCCAGCAAGAUUGGCGUUCCCUUCCCCAAGUCCUUCCCAGCGCUCGUGCGCCAGAUCUUCAAACGCAUGUACCGCGUCUACGCCCACAUCUACUGCCACCACUACCCCGUCAUCCGGGAGCUGGGUCUCGAGCCGCACCUGAACACGAGCUUCAAGCAGUACGUGCUCUUUGUCGACGAGCACAGUCUGGCGAGCGGAAGAGACUACUGGGGACCCCUGGGUGACCUCGUGGACAGCAUGCUGAAGAGCGAUUGAGCAAGAGGCGCUGAUGGACACGAUUUGGGGAGUUUUUGGCGUUAGGGCAGGACCUUAGAUGACAGUGCAUGUUAAUUACACGACCAUUAUGAUGAGAGUUGGGACGGAUAGUGUCGUGUUGACUGCGAACGGAGCCUGAUGAACCGGACCUCGGGCCACCUUCCAAUCGUCUGACUAUAGACCACGUAAGACUAUUCAAGUGUGGUCGACCAACCAACA